GUGUGCAACUCGCGCAUAGACUACGGUGUUCCACUGCCCUCGCGCAUCAUUCGACCUCCGCGAACCGCAGUCUUGGCACCAACGCCCUGAACUGUAUACGCGUCCGGGAGCUCGACUCUCGUAGCGACUCGACGAACAGGAUAAGUUAAGCGAGCACAAUGCCUUUCAAACCCGCAGAUAACCCUAAGUGUCCGAAAUGCGGCAAGUCCGUAUACGCGGCAGAAGAACGUGUCGCCGGCGGACUCAAAUGGCACAAAAUGUGCUUCAAAUGCGGUCUUUGCCAGAAGUUGCUGGACUCCACCAACUGUACAGAACACGAAGGUGAACUUUACUGCAAAGUUUGCCACGCACGCAAAUUUGGACCUAAAGGCUAUGGCUUUGGUGGCGGUGCUGGCUGCCUGUCCAUGGACACCGGAGAUCAUCUUAAAGGAGAGAACGCGGGAGGUCUCCGAACAAAUGGAGCCUGCAUGGAGUCUCGUGUUAUAGCUAAAGCCCCACCAGGUGAAGGUUGCCCGCGCUGUGGCGGCUGUGUAUAUGCUGCGGAACAGAUGCUAGCUCGUGGAAAGGGGUAUCACAAGCGAUGCUUCACAUGCUUAACUUGCAGCAAGGGUCUUGACUCAAUGACCCAUUGUGAUGGACCAGAUAAAGAGAUAUAUUGUCGAGUUUGCUACGCUAAAAAGUUCGGACCUAAAGGAUAUGGUUAUGGAAAAGGAGCUGGAGUUUUGCAAAGCGACCCUUACGCCAACGGUGACCAGGCUCCAAAAACAACGGUGAUUGACACUGCCGCAAUCCAGGCGCCUCCUGGAAAAGGUUGCCCGCGAUGUGGUGGAGCCGUCUAUGCUGCAGAACAAGUUUUGGCUAAAGGUCGUGAGUGGCAUCGCAAGUGUUUCAAAUGCCACGACUGCUCUAAGACUUUGGAUUCUAUCAUCGCAUGUGACGGACCCGAUAACGAUGUUUACUGCAAAACCUGUUACGGAAAGAAAUGGGGUCCGCACGGUUACGGUUUUGCUUGCGGUUCAGGAUUCCUUCAAACUGACGGCUUAAGCGAGGAAGAAAUUUCGGCUAACAGACCGUUUUACAAUCCGGAUACCACUUCCAUUAAGGCACCUAAAGGUCAGGGUUGCCCAAGAUGCGGUGGAAUGGUGUUUGCAGCAGAACAACAAUUGGCUAAGGGAACUAUGUGGCACAAAAAGUGCUUCAAUUGCGCUGAAUGUCAUCGCCCAUUGGACUCUAUGCUGGCUUGCGAUGGCCCUGACAAGGAGAUCCAUUGUCGCUCAUGCUAUGCAAAGCUCUUCGGACCCCGAGGCUUUGGUUACGGUCACGCACCUACACUUGUUUGUACUGAUUCUGAACCAACCGUUACAUACACAGAACAGUUACCCUUCACUGGACAGAAGGCAGCUAAAGGUCAGGGAUGCCCACGUUGUGGAUUCCCUGUAUAUGCUGCAGAAAAAAUGAAUUCUAAGAAUGGCACAUGGCACAGACGAUGCUUCUCAUGUGCUGACUGCCACAGAUCUCUUGAUUCCACUAAUUUGUGUGAUGGGCCCAACGGUGAGAUUUACUGCCGCGGAUGCUACGGCCGAAACUUCGGACCAAAAGGCGUUGGCUUCGGUUUGGGUGCAGGCACAUUGACCAUGGCUUAAUAAUAGUAUGAAGCUGGACUUUAUAAGAUUACAGAAUGCGUGGUAGCAUGAAAGGAAUCUAAUCUAUUGCAUAUCGCUACCUUUUAUUUCCAUCAUACCAUGUAUUAAACUGGUUUUAAUAAUGGUUGAUGUUAUCAAAUAAGACUCAUGUAUGUAAAAGAUUUUACUAUUUGAUAAGACGAAUAUUUUAUGAUAAGAAAAUAUAAAUUAAGGUUACAUUCCUUUCAUAAGUACAAACUGUGAUGAAUGUGUCUGGGCCCUUAGUUUAUAAAUUCGUCAUAAAAUUUCGUAGCGUAAGAUGCAUAGACUUAAUAGUUAUUAAUAAGUAUGUAAGGUUUAUAAAUACUUUAUAAAAAUAAACAAAAAUACAAAAAAAAAAUAUUGAAAGGCUUUUUUAAGUUGGCAUUGUGAAUAUACCUUUUAAAUAUCACUUUUUUUGAUAUAUGAGGUAAACUAUCCUGUAAACGCGGCAAAGAUUACAAUAAUAUGUAAUCGUUUCGACCGACCAGAUCUUACAUACAAGAUCUGAAGGACAUAUAAAUACAUUAAUAUAUUAAUAAAUAUAUAUAUAUAUAUAUAUAUAUCCGUACAUAUUAUAUAUUUUACACCAAAGAAUUUUGUACAUAAUAUUUUUCACUUUAUCAUACAGCAGUGAGCUGUACUAGAUUUAAUACAAAAUGCUUUGAAGCUUUCGCAAUGUAACAUAAUAUAUCAUAAUUAAAUUAAGGCAGCUUAUUGCAUUAUAUUGCAACAACAAUAUUCGUUAUUUAUCAUAUUUAAUAAAUAAAUAAGCACCA